AUGUCUUGUAGCUCCUACCGAAUCAGCUCUGGCCACCGGAUGGGCAACUUUAGCUCUUGCUCUGCAGUGACACCUCAGUACCUGAACCGCUCUCGGGCCAGCUCUGUCUCCUGCCGGAGUGGGCCCAGUUUCCGGAGCCAUGGUGGUUUGGGGAGCCGGAGCGUCAUUUCUUUUGGGUCCUGUUCACCCCGAAUGGCCACCGGGGCUCCUCGUCCCAUCCGCUGUGGAGUUGGCUUUGGUGCUGGCAGUGGGAUGGCCUAUGGCUUUGGUGACGGGAGUUGUACUGGCCUAGGGUUUGGAGUCAGCAAUGGUGUUGGUCUGGGGUUUGGAACUGGCAGUGGUUUUAACUGUGGCUUGGGCGGCCCUGGCUUUGGCUAUCGGAUUGGUGGUGGUUGUAUGCCAGCUGCUCCAUCUAUCACAGCAGUGACUGUUAACCAGAGUCUGCUCACCCCCCUCAACCUGGAGAUCGACCCCAAUGCACAGAGAGUGAAGAAGGAUGAAAAGGAGCAAAUCAAGACCCUUAACAACAAAUUUGCCUCCUUCAUUGAUAAGGUUCGGUUCCUAGAACAGCAGAACAAACUCCUUGAGACAAAAUGGAACUUCCUCCAAGAGCAGAAAUGUUCCAGGAGCAAUAUGGAGCCCCUCUUUGCCAACUACAUCAGUAAUCUGCGGAGGCAGCUGGACGUUGUGACCAAUGACCGGGCCCGGCUUGAAGCUGAGAGGAACCAUCUACAGGAUGUCCUGGAGGGUUUCAAAAAGAAGUAUGAAGAGGAGGUGGUGUUCCGGGCCAAUGCUGAGAACGAGUUUGUGACUCUGAAGAAGGAUGUGGAUGCAGCCUUCUUAAACAAGUCUGACUUGGAGGCCAACGCAGACUCCUUAACCCAAGAUAUCGACUUUCUGAAAGCCUUAUACAUGGAGGAGAUCCAACUGCUGCAGUCACAUAUCUCAGAGACAUCAGUCAUUGUGAAGAUGGAUAACAGCCGGGACCUGAACCUUGAUGGCAUCAUUGCUGACAUUAAGUGCCAGUAUGAAGAGAUUGCCAGGCGCAGCCGGGCGGAUGCAGAGGCCUGGUACCAGACCAAGUAUGAGGAGAUGCGGGUGACAGCUGGCCAACACUGUGACAAUCUGCGCAAUACUAGAGAUGAGAUCAACGAGUUGACCCGCCUGAUCCAGAGGCUAAAGGCAGAGAUCGAGCAUGCCAAGGCACAGAGAGCCAAGCUGGAAGCUGCCGUGGUGGAGGCAGAGCAGCAGGGAGAGGCAGCCCUCAAGGAUGCCAAGUGCAAGCUGGCCGACCUGGAGGGCGCCCUGCAGCAGGCCAAGCAGGACAUGGCGCGGCAGCUGCGUGAGUACCAGGAGCUGAUGAACGUGAAACUGGCCCUGGACAUAGAGAUCGCCACCUACCGACGCCUGCUGGAGGGCGAGGAAAUUCGAAUCUGCGAAGGCGUUGGACCAGUGAACAUAUCUGUGAGCAGCUCCCGAGGCGGCCUGGUGUGUGGGCCUGAAUCGCUGCUCUGCGGCCCCAGCCUCUCCCGUGGUGGCGUCACCUUCCCUUGCAGCAGCAGCAGCAGUAGCAGCAGUAUCCGCUUUGGCAGCUCCAGAGCCUAUGGCUCCAACGUGGGAGCCUGCACCCCCAGCCUUCCCUGCCCACUGCCCACCGAGGGAGGCUUCAGCAGCUGCAGCGGAGGCCAAACCAGCCGCAACUCCGUUGUGCGCUUUGCCUCCACCACCACGUCCCGCAAGACCAAGUAUUGA